CACACGGUGGAGCAAAGGGACGCAAACUUUAUUCCCACAUUUAAACCGAGCAACAAAGUUCAGCAAUUGAAGAAAAAAAAUCUUCCUGCAUAUCAUCCAACACUUAAACUCUACUGCAAAUAACUAUCCUCUCUAUGGAUCGCAGUCUCUUGUCAAAAAGCCACAGCACAUUCAAUGUUUUGCUUUCCCCCAGAAAACAAUGCAGUGACUUUUGAUCAAUGUGUGCUCAGAACGGAUUGCGAUGAUUGCGUCCAGCUUGAGUGUGAUCAGUUGCAGGAGGGCGAACAGCGCGCUGUGCCUCAGUGCAGUGGAGGAACAUUUGGAGGCGUCUUCCUCCUAUCGCAACCUCAGUCCCACCGGCCACCUGCUCGUGGCUGUGACCUUGGGCUUCAUCGGCGCUUUCGGAUUCCUCAACAACCUUCUGGUUCUCGUGCUCUUCUGCCGCUACAAGAUUCUGCGGUCCCCCAUCAACUUUUUGCUGGUGAAUAUUUGUUUGAGUGAUCUCCUGGUAUGCGUGUUGGGCACGCCGUUCAGCUUUGCGGCGAGCACUCAAGGGCGAUGGCUCAUCGGUGACACUGGAUGUGUGUGGUACGGCUUUGCCAACUCGUUGUUAGGCAUUGUGUCACUUAUCUCUCUGGCCGUGCUAUCAUACGAACGGUACUGUACAAUGAUGGGCUCCACUGAGGCUGAUGCCACCAACUAUAGGAAGGUGGCCGGUGGGGUAGUGAUGUCCUGGGUCUACUCUCUAAUCUGGACUGUGCCCCCUCUGUUUGGUUGGAGCCGCUAUGGCCCAGAAGGCCCCGGGACCACCUGCUCUGUAGACUGGACAACCAAGACAGCCAAUAACAUCUCUUACAUCAUUUGUCUUUUUAUUUUUUGCCUGAUUGUCCCCUUCCUGGUCAUUGUCUUCUGCUAUGGUAAGCUGCUGCAUGCCAUUAAACAGGUCAGUGGUGUGAACACCCCAAUGAGCCGCAAAAGAGAACACCGGGUUCUUGUCAUGGUGAUCACCAUGGUGAUCUUCUAUCUGCUCUGCUGGCUGCCUUAUGGGAUCAUGGCUCUGCUGGCCACUUUUGGAGCCCCAGGACUGGUUACUGUGGAGGCUAGCAUAGUGCCCUCCAUCUUAGCGAAGUCCAGCACGGUCAUCAAUCCCAUCAUCUACAUCUUCAUGAAUAAACAGUUCUACAGGUGUUUCAGGGCUCUUUUCAACUGUGACAAACUCCAGCGAGGUUCCAGUCUGAAAAGUUCUUCAAAGGUAACUAAACCUGUUCGGCCUGGACGGCGCACAGACAACUUCACUUUUGUGGUUGCUUCAUUGGGACCCACAGUGCUGCCCAACCAGGCAAACCCAGCAGAGGACCGCCCUCUAUCAACAGAUAAUGCCAAACCUGCAGUGGUUUCCCUUGUGGCCCAUUAUAAUGGUUGAGAGUUAUUCUGCUUUGAAAAAUGGUGACACUUGAAGAAACUUUUCACAUAAAAUGAGGCAAAUGCGGUGUGAGAUUUGGAGGAUUUUACAAGAAUAUUGCCUAUAAGUACUAUAACAAACAAGAAAAUGAAAGAAUCCUGAGGGAGGCUGAUUUUUUGGAGUUUAUUUUUAAGCUCUACCCUACCGUAUAUGUUUCUGUUAUCCAACAAAAGGGUAUUCUUGCAGUAAUAUGUAGCUAGCAGUUCCUAAUUUUCUUUGAAUUCUGCAGGUAUUAAAAUGACUAUUUUUGUAGACCGGUCCAAAUGAUCUGCUGAGAGAAAAAUACUAUUCUCAGUACAGUAAACCACAGCUGUCAAUUGUUUGACACUCUUUUUUUGUAAAAGUCCAGAUGAGAAAACAACAUUUAUAUCAAUGUAUAACUUAUAAGGGUUUUUCUACAUCUAUUCACUUUUCUUUUCAUAAGAAAAGCUGGGUAUGGCUUUUUUUAAUGGGUUUUAAACAUUGUAAGCACUGUUAAUGUAUGGACUGUGAAUGUAUGUUACAGCUUCUGUUU